UGUCCUGGAAAGAGAAGCCAUAGUCGGCCAGCCGCUUUGGAGCAUCAGCCUCCACUGCGCUACGGUGGUGCUGAGAUGGUUGGGAUCCUGCUACUGCUAUGUCUCCCCUUCAUCCUGUACUUGGCCACGCCAAAAAUCAGGAAAAUGCUGUCCAAUGGGGUGUGUACAUCUACUGUCCAGCUUCCCGGGAAGGUAGCCAUAGUAACCGGCGCUAACACAGGCAUCGGGAAGGAGACAGCUAGAGAGCUGGCCCAAAGAGGAGCCCGUGUAUAUUUAGCUUGCCGGGAUGUGCAAAAGGGGAAACUGGUGGCUAGCGAGAUCCAAGCCACCACAGGGAACAGUCAGGUCCUGGUGCGGAAACUGGACCUUGCUGAUACCAAGUCUAUUCGAGCCUUUGUCAAGGACUUCUUAGCCGAGGAAAAGCACCUCCACAUUCUGAUCAACAACGCAGGAGUGAUGAUGUGCCCCUACUCUAAGACCGCAGAUGGCUUUGAGAUGCACAUCGGAGUGAACCACUUGGGUCACUUCCUCUUGACCCAUUUGCUGCUGGAAAAGCUGAAGGAAUCAGCCCCAUCACGGGUGGUCAAUGUGUCUUCUCUGGCACACCAUCUGGGAAGGAUCCACUUCCAUAACCUGCAGGGUGAGAGGUUCUACAAUGCAGGCCUGGCUUACUGCCACAGCAAACUAGCCAACAUUCUCUUCACUCAGGAACUGGCCAGGAGGAUGAAAGGCUCUGGAGUGACAACGUAUUCUGUCCACCCUGGCACCGUCCACUCUGAAUUGGUCCGGCACUCGUCUGUUAUGAGGUGGUUGUGGAAUCUUUUCUUCAUUUUCAUCAAGACCCCUCAACAGGGAGCCCAGACAAGCCUGUACUGUGCCUUAACAGAAGGUCUGGAGAACCUAAGUGGCAGUUACUUCAGUGAAUGCCACCUGGCCUGGGUCUCUAGUCAAGGUCGUAAUGAGACGGUAGCCAGGCGGCUGUGGGAUGUCAGCUGUGAUCUGCUGGGCAUCCCUAAUGAUUGGUAAGUGCUGGUUUGGAUUUAAAAGAAGAAUGGAAGAGAUUAUGAUUGUCCUUCAAAGUGGCCAAAACUUUGAGCACAAAGAACAUAGAACUUCAAGCCUUCCCUGCUUGGCAUCCAGCCAGUUAAAUCCCAGUUCCUCUAAACAUCUUGAGUUUGUACUGACUUUGUUCCUGCUCCUGCCAGUGUUUCUAGUGGUAUCACCGACUAAGACAGAGGACCCUCACAUGACCUACACAGUUCCUGUUUUCCUUUGGAAACCUGCUUCUACCAAGGAGCAUGGAAGCCCUGUUAGGAUUGGGGCAUGGCAGUGUGGGUUAGAUGGAGCUCCUCUGGACCAACCAUCCUCUCCCUGAAGAACUCCAUUGUAACCUCAGACGAGCCCCAGGAGCCCAGUGACCUGGCUCGAGAGCAGGCCUCUGUGCCCCCAGCAUCUGGAUACUUCAGGAAAGUCUUCACUAAAUCUGGCAAUCUGAAGCUUUUGCUGCUGACACACUUUCCUACAUCCAGACCACAGAAGAGCUUCCUUCUCUAAGAAGUUUGUGGAGUUUGAACGGCAGAAAUAAAAGUAAAGCCAAGCUGUCAUUUUCCUACUGUUUUUUAGCCUAGUAAGGAGGCAAUGAAAGGAGUGCCAUGAGACGAUAGGUCACUUGGCUUCAUUACUGACUCUAGACGCACGGGAAGCCUCUCUUCUGUGCCUUAGUUUCUCUGAGGAAAUUAGAAAAGGAAAGGCCUUUUCAUUGUCAUUGUGUCUUCUUGUUCGUUUAUGCAGUUGGGAGUGCUUCCACAAAAUUCACAACAGCCACGCAAAGGAAAAGUCCUAAAUCCAACUACAGAUGAGCAGAGAUGGCGCAAACCACUGUGCAGUCUCUGAUGUAAAUGAGUACAGUUGCAAAUCGAGGGGGACACUGUAUAUGUGGGAAUCAGUCACUGAGAAGCACAGAGGCAGCAAGGAAGAAGAUUAAGGAAAGAAAAAUCCUAUCAAGUAAUGCAUGGUAAUGAAGGCAAGGAUCUAAAACCACAACCGAACAGUAGCAAUAGACACGCCCACUAUCUAAACCACCAAGGAAAAGUCCAGAGCACAAGAGUGAAAACUUACCAAGUUUUUAUUCAUAAAAUUUAUCCCAAGGACUGACACUUGUAAUUACAGUCAGUUUUACAGACUUUCAGAGCAUUUAUUACAUUAGCUUAACAAGAUGUCGGUUUCAGUGGGGCAUGUGGAGAGAUGGAGUAGCCUUAGAAUUAUUGGCUGCUGUCCCAGAGGACCCUGGUUCAGUUACUAGGACCCACAUGGUAGCUCACAACCAUCUAACACCUCACAAUUCUAGAAGAUCCGACACCCUUAUCUACCUCCAUGGACAGUACAGGAAUAGAGGCAUUCGUGUAUAAAUAAUUCUGUAAAAUAAUAAAUUAGAAAAUGUCAAUUUCAGGGUUAGAGGUGGGUGCUUUCCUGGUAUGUAUAAGGCUCUGGGUUUGAUACCUUCAAUUUACUAGAAUCCUGUGCUCUAUUUGGAGGGCUUUAUCAAAAGCAAUGCAGGCCAAGGGUGUCGGAACCCCUCAUGUUCCCACACUUGUUUGGAGGGUGCAAUUCUAUGGGAGUUUGCCAUUUUCUUAGGCUGACGAUUAUAUCUUAAGCUUGAAUAUGUAAGACUGAUAGGACCAUGAUCUUUAACUUUAAAUAUUUGUAAAUUGAUUUUUGUGGGCUUGUUCUGACCAAUAAACUAUACAUCUAAAAAUUAGUUUAUGGGGAAAGUGAGAACAUUUUGACAAUGCAAUGAAUAACUGAAUUCAUAUUUUCCUGAAUUUAUAUUCACCUGUCAAUGAAAAUAAAGGUUCUUUUCAAUUA